AUGUGUCAAUCUCGAUUCCGUUCCUGGUAUCAGCGCACAGUCCAUCCAUUCUGGGCCUGCGAGGAAUACGGCUACUACAAGGAUCAAUCGCAUUACAAUGCGAACAACGAUAAGCCAGUCACCUCACAUCUUCAACAUUUGAUUGUACAAUGUUCCGGUAACGUUGGUGGCAUAAAGCUACUGAAACGAUUCGUCGCCAGGAACAUGGCUAUCAAGCCAACCAAACGUAUCUUUGUUGUGAGUGAGUUGGAACUUCUAGGAUUCACAGUGGAUGCCCGUGGACACAGUCCCGAUCCAACACGUUUCAAAACAUCGACGAACAUCGAAUCCUCAAAGGAUCAAACGCAUCUGAGAUCCGUGAUGGGAAACCUACAAUACUAUUCCCUAUUUAUCCCGAACUUUGCCACGAGGGCGCAGCCGCCUUUCCGUGCUCAGUGUUUAGACGCUUGGGAAUGGUCGUUGGAGUGUGAAGAUAUCUAA